UGAGGGGGGAGGAGGGGAGUGUUGAGCAAGCGGACCCACCAGAACGGAACUUCCUUCCUGUGCUGAUCCAACACGAGCUCCUAGUUUUUAUAAAUGGACGCUAUGAGGGGCUUCCAGUCUCUGCUGCAGCUUCAUAUCGUCGAUCCCAGCCUUCCAUCCUCCUCAUCAUACUCGCCGUCAUGAUUGCCUUUUUCAUUUGCGCACUUUCCUUCUGCGGGUUCCUGGAAAGUGUGCACACUCAGCGCGGACGCUGCGUCGCUAAUCAGUGUUUUGCGCUGCUUCUGGACACCAGAGACUUCCAAGGGGCGCGGGAAAGCUGCCGAAACGCGAGUGGGGAACUGUCUUCGUCCGUGGAUGUGAAGAAUCAGGAGUAUUUAAUGAAUGGCAUCAGUGGGAGUUUUUGGGUGGGUUCGCCGGACCAGUGCACGUCGUUCACAGCGGGGAUGGGAGGAAUGACUUUCCAAAACACGCCAUGCGGUCAGAAACUGGACGGAUAUGUUUGCCAGUAUUCCAUCGUGGAGCCUUGCGGCGCGGUCUCCACGGGAAGGGGCGCCGAUGUGCGCUACACGGCGCCGAUGGGGAUUGCGUUAAAUCACACAUUUCCGCAAGGAACCGUUGCAGUGGUGGGAAAAGCCGGUGCCGUCCACCCGGAUGAGAAGUUUCUGUGCUUCGACCGAAAUUGGCUCCAAGCUCCGUGGAUCUGCGAGGUCAUGGAAGGCGGGUGCGAGCACUCCUGCAACAGAACAUCCGGUUGCACGUGUCCGUUCGGACAGCAUCUCCACGCCAACCGCAUCACCUGCACGGAGCCGCCGCAGGAGUUGGACAACCGCACGGUGACUUGCCAGGCCGGGUUCGAGCCGUCCCGGGACGGGAGCAGCUGCGUGGAUGUGGAUGAGUGCGCUCUGCGAGACGAGUGCACGGAGGAAGGGGAGGAGUGCGUCAACACCCGCGGUGCGUUCGAGUGCGUGUGUAAAGACGGAUUCGUGGACGAAGACGGGGUGUGCGUGGAUGUGAGGAUCUGCGAGAAGUGCGAGCACAUGAUGUGUGACAAAUCCGACGGGGUUUACGUGUGUGGGUGUCAUAAGGGUUUUAGGGUGUCUGCGCGUGACCCCACUCGGUGCGAGAUGCACUGCGACAAAGCGGACUGUCCGGCGAACUGUGUCACCAACACGGAUGUGGACUCGCAGGACAUGCAUCAGUGUUUCUGCCCUGAAGGUUACAUUCAAGACCUCCACAACAACACCCCGUAUUGCACAGACAUCAACGAGUGCGAGAUUCAAAUGCAAUGCGAGCACACGUGCACGAACCUCUUUGGGGGGUUCGAGUGUUCGUGCAAUGAGGGGUACACGUUAUUCGAUGGGUACAUGUGUGUACACCCCGAGGAGGACUACGCGUGGGACGCGACCCAGCCGCAGCCUACGCCGGCUAAGUCGUAUCCCGCCGCCGCCGUGCCGUCAUACAUAAAAACAGGCAGCGUUUUGGGCAUCAGCGUGUUUGUGUUGCUGUGCCUGGUGAUGCUCUACUUCCUGGUCAGGAACAUGGCUAAACGCUGCGGGAGUCUCGACCUUUCCUCCAUCAAAAGGCCCGAUAUGGAUAUUUUCUACCUGCAGCAGGUGACCACGGAGACUUACAAGAGGCUGUCGUUUGAUAAACAGUUGAAAAGUGACUCGCAAAGAUUUUAACCACAAGGCCCGGUGGAAGAGGAGGAGUCUUCUUGGCUCUGCUGGAACUAAAAUGAGCGACCAUGAGAAUUAAAAUACUCAUUUUUGAUAACAAUUGCUUUAUAAUGAUCGUAGUGUAAGGCUAACUCCAACCCUGUUAUAAGGCAAAACCAUAGUCCUUCAUGAAUUCAUUCAUUUUCUACUGCUUAUCCUCACAAGGGUCGGUGGUGCUGGAGCCUAUCCCAGCUGUCUUCGGGCGUAAGGCGGGGUACACCCUGGACUGGUCCCCAGCCAAUCACAGGGCACAUGUAGACUAGGAAUAAAAGGAAUCAGGUUUAGGGACCGAUUCCUGUUAUAAAGCAAACCCUAAUCUUAAACCAUGACAACAAACCAAGGCCUAAUAGUUCAUUCAUUCAUUCAUUUCAAAACGCGGGGGUGCUGGAGCCUAUCGCAGCUGUCUCCGGGCAAGAGGCGGGGUACACCCUGGACUGGUGGCCAGCCAAUCACAGGGCACAUAUAGACAAACAACCAUUCACACUCACAUUCAUACCUAUGGACAAUUUGGAGUGGCUAAUUAACCUAGGACGUUUUUUGCCGCUAAUCCUCACAAGGGUCGUGGGGGUGCUGGAGCCUAUCCCAGCUGUCUUUGGGCAAGAGGCGGGGUACACCUUAGACUGGUCGCCAGCCAAUCACAGGGCACAUAUAAGUCUCUAAACCUGACUCCUGUUAUAAAGCAAACCCUAAUCUUAAACCAUGACAACAAACCAAGGCCUAAUAGUUCAUUCAUUCAUUUUCUUUCUACUGCUAAUCCUCACAAGAGUCGUGGAGCCUAUCCCAGCUGUCUUCGGGCAAGAGGUGGGGUACACCCUGGACUGGUCGCCAGCCAAUCACAGGGCACAUAUAAAUCCCUAAACCUGAUUCCUGUUAUAAGACAAACCCUAAUCUUAAACCAUGACAACAAACCAAGGCCUAAUAGUUCAUUCAUUCAUUUUCUACCGCUUAUCCUCACGAGGGUCGCGGGGGUGCUGGAGCCUAUCCCAGCUCUCUCCGGGCAAGAGGCGGGGUACACCCUAGACUGGUCACCAGCCAAUCACAGGGCACAUACAAGUCCCUAACCCUGAUUCCUGUUGUAAAGCAAACCCUAAUCUUAAACCAUGACAACAAACCAAGGCCUAAUAGUUAUGGUACUUUAAAAAAAAUGAGGCAUUAUCACAGUAAAAUAACACUAAAUGAAGUCGAGGCUGAGGAAUUGGGGUCGAGUUGUCGACAAUGACAAUGACAAAAAAACACACUCACACACAACCUGCACAUACACAAACAACCCAUUUCAUCCACAAAUUGUAUAAUAUUUUUUAAGUAUGAUCAAUCAUUUGUGAUACACUGGACAAAUGUAUGAAUGCCAUAUUUGAAGCUGAAUCAGAUUAUUGAUUCAGCAAAAUCAUCACAACACUGCAAAUAUACCUGGGUCAGUAUCGCAUCCUGUCAGAUAUACUGUGUUAAUGCUGUGUUUACUGUAAAAAAAAAACAAAACAUAUACUGAUCACUUCAUGAAGUUGUACACCACCACAAAGUUCAAUACAUAUAAGCAUAUUUAUCACCUAAAAUCAAAUCAGAUCAAUUGUACAGGUGUAUCAAUUGUCAUGACCAGUGAGUGUUUUUUAUACUGUAUAUUUAUAUUGAAGAUAUAUAUACAUAUACAUUUAUUCACUGUAGGAAAGACCUUGAAUGUAAAACCACUGUGUGCUGCUAUGAGCUCAUACGUACUAACAAUGACGCCCCACUAUUAUUUUUACUAAUAAGGGAACAUUAAAUA